ACAAACGUCCGGCACGAGUUGGCUGAAGCGAACGCUGCCGUUCCGGAAAUGCGUGUGACGCGCGCGACAGGACUGUAGCUGUGCUGUAACGCGUCCGCUUCUCACCAAGACCGUCUUCUGAAGCUUGCUCGCUUGGCCCCCGCUGCUACCUAAAGCACUCACUGAAAGACAUGACGGAGCCACGCAGCCCAGGAAUGUCCUCUCUGCCUCAGACGGCACCAGUGCACACGGACGCCACCUCUCCGGCUGUCGAGAUGGACCCGGUGGAGUACACCCUGAGGAAGCGUCUCCCCCGGAAACUCCCGAAGAGGCGGAACGACGUCUACGUCAACAUGAAGACAGAUUUCCGCGCUCAGCUGGCACGCUGCAAGAAGCUGCUGGAAGGCGGGGGCCACAGGGAGAUCUGUGUCCACGGCCUGGGCCUGGCCAUCAACAGGGCGAUCAACAUCGCCCUUCAACUGCAGGCCGGCAGCCAGGGGGCGCUGCAGCUGGCAGCCAACACGUCCACCGUGGAGCUCGUAGACGACCUGGAGCCUGAAGAUCCGGAUGAGGCCGGGGGGCCGAUGACGCGCACGCGCAACAACUCGGCCAUUCACAUUAAGGUGUUCUACCCCGACCCCCAGUGAGCUGAACGCGGGCGUGUCAGGCAGAGGCUCUCCGGGAGCCUUCAGGUCCGAUUCAUUCCCUUGUGAAAACAACAAUGUGUGGGCUGAGCGUUAUUCAUUAAACUGCGUUGGAAUACUCCGACUCGGACAACCUCAGUUGACGGAAAAUAUUGAGCUUGUUGGUCUCGUCACUUGCAAAUUGUUCCCAUUGUAGCGUUGUUCUUUUUUACAUUGCAUGUCUUGAAGCAUCAGGUGAAACCUCUAUCAUUUAUAAACUUGUAGACAUGGCUUUGCCAGAUGUCAACGUACAAGUGUCUUUAAUUUCGAGGCCCGACUGAGGGUUCAAGUUUCAUAUCGGUUUGUUGUCAAAUAUACAAUUAGAAUAAAUGAAGAAUACUAAAGUUUAUAUUUAAGUGUUUUAGUAAAUGUCCACUAGAUGUCAGCAGGCUAAAUCUAUUUCAAUUUUCUGAAUGUUCAUGUUCAAAAUGAAUGUGUAAUGCACCUGUUUUUAGGAAGACAGUGUAUUUGAUUUCUUGACAAAAGAAUAAAUCGUAUAAAUGAAUAAAAUGUGCUGGAAUGUG